AUGGUGGACCUGCUCGACGCUGGGCGCAAGCGCCACGGCUCGCGCCGCUUGAUUGCGUCGCGCGAGAUUCUUCGUGAGCACAAGGACCAGAAGGUGAUCCGCAAGAAGGUGGGCGACAAGGAAGUCGAAGAGACCAAGACGUGGACCUUUUACGAGCUGAGCGACUACACCUACACGACGCUCAACGAGUUCUGCGACCUUGUCGGCAAAUUCUCGUCGGGUCUCGGUGCGCUCGGGCUCAACAGCUCGACGCGCUUCAACAUCUUUGCGUCUACCGCGAUGAACUGGCAGAUCGCCGCGCAGUCGUGCUUCCGUCAGGGCCUUACCUUCUGCACGGCCUACGACACGCUCGGCCCGAGCGGUCUCCAGGUUUCGCUCGAGGAGCCCGAGGUGGUCGGUAUGUUUACCAACGCAGCCCAGCUGCACGUUGUCGACAGCGUCGUGGAGAACACGCCACUGCUGCGCGUCGUGAUCUACGACGGUGAGGCAGACCCCAAGGUGCUCGAGAGCGUGCGUGCGAAGCUCUCGACGCGCCCCAACGCGCACCUCGUCACCUUUGACGAGGUGCUGAAGCUCGGUGCGCAGCACAGCAACUCGGCGCCGGUGCAGGUGAACCCUGACGACAUUGCGUGUAUCAUGUACACCUCGGGCUCGACGGGUGCGCCGAAGGGUGUCAUUCUCACCCACGCGAACUUGGUGGCGACGGUGGCUGCGGUCGAUAUGCUGAUCAGCCCCUACCUGGGGGACAACGAGUCGCUGCUUGCCUACCUUCCUUUGGCGCAUAUCCUCGAGUUUGUCGUCGAGUGCUUUGCGCUCUACCGCGGCAUUGCGCUCGGCUACGGCCGCGUCAAGACGCUCACUGCGACCUCGGUGCGCAACUCGAAGAGUGACCUGAUGGCCUUCCGCCCGACGCUCAUGGUCGGUGUCCCGGCGGUCUGGGAGCUGAUCCGCAAGGGUAUCGUCUCCAAGGUCAGCUCUGCCGGUUCGGUGAAGCAAAAGAUGUUUAACAUGGGCAUGUGGUCGAAGAAGAACAAUGUGCCGGGUCUUAAGCAGUUCUCCGACGCGGUCGUCUUCAAGGCGGUCAAGGAGCAGACGGGUGGCCGCCUGCACCUCGCUCUGUCGGGUGGCGCGCCGAUCGCCAAGGAGACGCACGAGUUCCUGCGCAACGCGCUGGUGAACAUCCUGCAGGGCUACGGUAUGACCGAGUCGUCGGCCAUGUGCGCCGUGCUCACCCCCGAGUUCUUCAAGUACUCGUGUGUCGGUGUGCCGAUGCCCUCGGUCGAGAUCAAGCUGCGCGACGUGCCGGACGCCAACUACCUCUCGACGAACAACCCGCCGCAGGGCGAGGUGAUGCUCCGUGGUCCCUCGAUCACCAAGGGUUACUUUAAGCGCCCGGACGUCACCGCCGAGACGCUUACCGAAGACGGCUGGCUGUGCACCGGUGACGUCGGCCAGUGGAACGCCGACGGCACCCUGUCGCUCAUUGACCGCAAGAAGAACCUGGUCAAGCUCAGCGGCGGUGAGUACAUUGCGCUCGAGCGCCUCGAGUCGACGUACAAGUCGUGCAACGUCGUGACCAACGUUUGCGUGCACGCCUCGUCGGAGGCCAAGCAGCCCAUGGCCGUCGUCUUCCCGCGCGAGGACACGCUGCGCUCGACGCUGUCGCAGAACGGCCUCGGCAACCUCAAGGACCAGGAGCUCGAGGAGCUUUGCAAGAACAAGGAUGUUACUCAGCUUGUGCUCAAGGAGCUCAACCAGGUCGGCAAGGGCGCCGGCUUUGUGCCAAUGGAGCAGCUCCAGUCCGUCGUGCUCGUCCCCGAAGAACUCCCUCUGACCGCCGCCCAGAAGGUGCAGCGCAAGGAGGUCGAGUCCAAGUACGGCGACGAGAUCAAGAAGGUAUACCCGUGA